CUACAGAAUAAAAGUACACUUUGACUGUUGGUAAGAGGGGGAGAGACACGGUUUCUCUAGAGACGUAUUAAUUCGACGAUCUGCAACCUCGCCAACUCAACGCGAAGACUACCAACACGAGCGUGACGAGCAUAGAGGCAGCCAACAUGGCAUCCCAAGAUACCGAAUGGUCACCAUCAUCCUGGCGCACCAAACCCAUCAAACAAGUCGUCACCUACACGAACUCAGCAGCCGUCUCCUCUGCGCUGGCCAAACUCUCCAACCUCCCCCCCAUCGUCACGCCCACCGAAAUCAUCAAACUGAAACGCAGCCUCCGCGACGCCGCGCUGGGGAAAGCCUUCCUCCUCCAAGGCGGCGACUGCGCCGAGCUCUUCUCCUACUGCGCCGACGCGCCCAUCGACGCAAAGGUCAAACUGCUCCUCCAGAUGAGCCUCGUCCUGAUCUGGGGGUCCAACAAGCCCGUCAUCCGGAUCGGCCGGAUGGCGGGGCAAUUCGCGAAACCGCGCUCCAGCCCGACCGAAGUCGUCAACGGCAAGGAGAUACCCAGCUUCCGAGGCGAUAUCCUGAACGGAUUCGACCCUGAGGAGCGGGAGCCCGACCCGGAUCGCCUCGUCGCCGCCUACUUCCACUCGGCGACGACGCUGAACUACGUCCGGGCGCAGCUGGGCAGCGGGUUCGCGGACCUGCACAACCCGAUGGAUUGGGAGCUGGGCCACGUGAGGGACCAGGAGCUCCAGGCCAAGUACGAGCGGAUCGUGCAUAGCAUCUCCGACUCGUUGCGGUUCAUGCGGACCGUCGGGGCGGAUACGGCGGGCCAGUUGCAGACGGUGGAUCUGUAUACCAGCCACGAGGGCCUCGUGCUCGAGUACGAGCAGAAUCUGACGAGACGGUUGAAACAUCCGCCCGGUUACCGACCGGCUACGCCCUCGGCCGAUGGCAAAGGGUGGUACAACACGUCGGCGCAUUUCCUGUGGAUUGGCGAUCGCACGCGCCAGGUCGACGGCGCGCAUGUCGAGUACUUCCGCGGCAUCGAGAAUCCCAUUGGUAUUAAAGUCGGGCCGAGCAUGGGAUCCGAUGAGCUGGUGCGGCUGCUCGAUAUUGUCAAUCCUUCCAAGGAGGUCGGCAAGGUCACGCUGAUUACGCGUUAUGGCGCUGAUAAGGUCGAGGCGAUGCUGGGACCGCAUAUUGAGGCGGUGAAAGGGAGCGGGCACGUUGUCGUUUGGCAGUGUGAUCCCAUGCAUGGCAACACCCGCACCACCGCCACCGGCAUCAAGACACGCGAAUUCAGCAGCAUCUUCUCGGAGCUCUCGUCGGCCCUCAAGGUGCACAAGCAGCAUGGCUCGUUCCUGGGCGGGAUGCACCUGGAGUUGACGGGAGAGGCCGUCACCGAGUGCACGGGCGGCAGUGUUGAAUUGGGCGAUGAAGACUUGAGCUUGAAUUAUACGUCUUACUGCGACCCGAGGUUGAACGAAAAGCAGGCGCUGGAGCUGGCGUUCCUGGUGGCGGGGCAUUAUAGGGAGGAUAGGGAUCUCUAAGCAGGAUGAUGCUGGAAUUCCCCCUCACAAAACAACCUAUAUGUAUACCAGUUCUCAAUGUCAAAAGAUACCAGCAUCAAUGAACUGCUAU